AUGGCGGCGGGCCCUGGCGGUGGCGGCAGCGGGGGGGCGGCGGCGGCGGCGGGAGGGCCGGGCUGGCGGUUGCCGGGGCGAGUUCUGGAGCUGGUGUUCUCCUACCUGGAGCUGCGGGAGUUGAGGAGCUGCGCGCUGGUCUGUAAGCUGUGGCACCGCGUCCUACACGGUGACGAGAACAGCGAGGUGUGGCGCAGCCUGGCCGCCCGCUGCCUGGCCGAGGAGGCCCUGCGCACCGACAUCCUCUGCAACGUGCCCACCUACAAGGGCAAGGUCCGUGCCUUCCACCACGCCUUCAGCACCAACGACUGCUCGCGGAACGUCUACAUCAAGAAGAACGGCUUCACGCUGCACCGCAAUCCCAUCGCCCAGAGCACGGACGGGGCCAGGACCAAGAUCGGCUUCAGCGAGGGCCGCCACGCCUGGGAGGUGUGGUGGGAAGGCCCUCUGGGCACUGUGGCCGUCAUCGGCAUCGCCACCAAGAGGGCAGCGAUGCAGUGCCAGGGUUACGUGGCCCUGCUGGGGAGUGACGACCAGAGCUGGGGCUGGAACCUGGUGGACAAUAACUUGCUGCAUAACGGAGAGGUGAACGGCAGUUUCCCCCAGUGCAAUAAUGCACCCAAAUACCAGAUAGGUGAAAGGAUUCGAGUUAUCCUGGACAUGGAAGACAAAACAUUAGCAUUUGAGAGGGGAUAUGAAUUCUUGGGAGUUGCCUUCAGAGGACUGCCAAAAGUUUGCCUGUAUCCAGCAGUGUCUGCUGUCUACGGUAACACAGAAGUGACUUUGGUCUACCUGGGAAAACCUCUGGAUGGGUGAUGUGGAUUGUUUCAUUGGGACAUCGAGAUGCGGAUGAUUAGGAGGAGAAAUCUGCAUGUUGGUUAGAGGGAAACAUGUAUUAAAGGAAGAGACAAAAAGGUAUGGGUGUGUGUCCAAGAACUAUCAAGAGUCACAUGGAGUUUCGAAACGGAGGACCAGCCAUACUUCAGGAAUUGUGUUACAUUUCCUUUCUACCAGGCCAGAAAAAUCCUCAGGGUUGCAGUUGGUUGAGUGGGAAGCUGACACGUGCAUGUUGCAACAGAUUUCAUUGCUGAGAUGGCAGUGUGUGACCUCAAAUAUUUAACAAAAGGAUUUGAUACAAAACUGCUUGAGGAAAUUAACCUGAGAUUUGUAAGUAGUGUGUUUUGUGAAAGACUCCCAUUUUAAAACUGCUUGUUCCUUCCCUUCCCUCCUUUGGGCCAGUGUGUGUGCCAGAGGAGAACGGGUCUGUCUGGGUUUUAGUUACAGUUUUUAACCGGCUGAGAAGGGUGCUCUGUCUGGGCUGCUCUUCUCUAUAAUGAUACAAAAUGCGUGCAGCUACUUUUAAGUGUAUUUUAAGAGUCUGAUACAUUGAACACGUUGAGAACCAUUCAAAGAGAGGGUUUGCUUUAUUCUAACUGGGACAUCGUUUCUUAAAGGGAAAAAAAA